AUGCCGUCAUACCGAGUGCUCUUGUCGCUGUUCCUGACUAGCAGUUGCGCGACGGUCAAUGCUGCUCUUCCCGCAUUACCAGAUGAUUAUGAUGUGCUCCAAUAUAUUGACCCGCUGAUCGGCACGGCAAACGGAGGCAAUGUUUUCCCAGGUGCCACUUUGCCGUAUGGCAUGGCUAAAGCCGUGGCUGAUACAAACUCGGAAAGUAAUCAGGGCGGCUUUGCGUACGAUGGCAGCAAUGUCACUGGGUUUUCCAGUAUGCAUGACUCCGGAACUGGAGGUAGUCCGUCUCUUGGGAACUUUCCUCUAUUUGCUUAUGCGGAAUGCGCCAACGAUGAAGUUGAUGGCUGUGUUUUCCCUAAAAAGUCACGAGCCACUCCGUACAAAAAUGGCACCGUGGAAUCACAUCCAGGAUAUUUUGCUAUCUCAUUAGCUUCGGGACUCCAUGCCGAUAUGACUGCAGCUCAUCAUACAACUCUCUUCCGUUUUAACUUCACAGAUGCCAAAAGUCCGUUGGUUCUCUUGGAUCUCUCGGAUCUGUCUGACUCGCGUCAAGACAAUGCAAGUAUUUCAGUUGACAAGUCGACUGGACGUAUGACUGGCAGUGCAAAAUUUUUGCCGAGUUUCGGCAGUGGAGAUUAUACUCUGCACUUUUGUGCGGAUUUCAAGAGUACUGCCGAGUUGCGAGAUAGUGGUGUGUUUGUCGACGCCCGCGCCAGUACGGAUGUUCAUGACUUGAAGAUCUCCCGGAGUAUCAACGGUUAUCCUCUUCCUGGCGGUGGCUUUGUUCGGUUCAAAUCUCCUUCUGACGGGGUGGUGCAAGCUCGUGUCGGCGUGAGCUUUAUUAGUCCAGAUCAAGCCUGCUCUCAUGCCGAAUCUGAGAUUAGUGACUUCGAUUUUGACUCCACUCGCAAAGCAGCUGUUGAUCAGUGGACUGAGAAAUUGAGCCCGAUUCGUGUGUCACGAACUGGCGUUAAGUCAUCUGUUCUCACUAAUUUCUACAGUGGAAUUUACCGUACUAUGGUGAACCCACAGAACUACACUGGCGAAAACCCUCUUUGGACAAGUUCAGAGCCGUAUUUUGAUUCUUUCUACUGCCUUUGGGAUUCUUUCCGGUCUCAAAUCCCAUUUCUUACUAUCCUGGAUCCUGCCAGUGUCGCCCAGAUGGUUCGCUCAUUGAUAGACACCCAGCGUCAUCUUGGCUGGCUGCCUGACUGCCGCAUGUCACUAUGCAAAGGAUAUACCCAAGGCGGAUCAAAUGCUGAUAACAUUCUCGUGGAUGCCUAUGUUAAAGGUCUUACCGACGGCAUUAACUGGGAAUAUGGAUACGCUGCCGUUCAAAAGGAUGCCGAAGAAGAGCCUUACGACUGGUCCAAUGAAGGUCGCGGCGGACUAGACAGCUGGAAAAAGUUGAAUUAUAUUCCAGUCGAAGACUUUGAUCAUGUGGGGUUUGGAACCCUCACUCGAAGUGUCUCACGCACUCUUGAAUAUGCAUACAACGAUUUUGCCAUUGCUCAAAUGGCUCAUGGCAUGAAUAAAACAGCCGAUGCCGAAAAGUAUGAGAAGAGCUCGGGUGCAUGGAGAAACCUCUUCAAGAAAGACCAAACUUCAUUCCACAACAAGACUAAUACUGGGUUUGUGGGGUUCUUUCAACCUAAAUACAUGAAUGAGACUUGGGGUUAUCAGGAUCCCCUCAAGUGCUCAAACAUUGACACAAGUGGAGCUAUUUGCUCUCUCCAGAACACUGGUCCUGAAACUUUUGAAUCGAGUAUCUGGGAAUAUCAAUUCUUUGUGCCUCAUGAUAUGGCAGCUCUUAUCCCUAUGCUUGGUGGGCCCUCUGGCUUUGUCAAGCGACUCGACUACUUGCACGAGCAGAACAUCACAUACAUUGGGAACGAGCCGGCUUUCCUUACUGUCUAUCAAUAUCAUUACGCGGGACGCCCAGCCAAGUCAACUGCUCGGGUUCGUACAUACAUCCCAGAUUACUUUUCCCCAACUCCAGCCGGUUUGCCUGGCAAUGAUGACUCGGGCGCGAUGGGAUCCUUUGUCGCAAUGUCUAUGAUGGGCCUCUUUCCCAACCCAGGGCAGAGUGUGUACCUGAUUACUGUCCCUUUCUUCGAGUCAGUGAGCAUUACAUCACCACUCACCGGCAAGGUAGCCACUUUUCGUGUGGUUAACUGGUCUCAAUUCAACUCACUUAACAAUACUGGGGGAACGGGCUUCAUUCAAUCAGCCACUCUCAAUGGUAAACCUUAUACCAAGAGCUGGAUUGAUCAUGACUUCUUUACUAAAGGUCAAGAUUUGGUUCUUGUUUUGGGUCGCAAUGAGAGCUCGUGGGGUACCAAGCCUGAAGACCUGCCACCGUCAUUAUCUAGCAGUUCUUCUGAUAUUAAUGCACGUGAAUUAGGUGAUGGCUAUGAAGAUCUUGAGAGCAAGGGGAUUUAUGUCGGAGGCGGGCCACAAGUUGCUCGACAGUUCCGACCUUAUGAUGCCACCCAUUUCGGACAUUGA